GGUGGGCCCGGCGCGAUGUCGGAGGAGGCGAUGGAGAGCUACCUGUACGCCGCCUACCCGCCGUACUCGUACCGCUACCCGCAGCCCAAGGGCAAGGCGGGGGCUGCGGGCGGCUGGCGGCCCAGGGGGGGCGGCUACUUCUCGGCCUACGGGGAGGCGGCGGCGGCGGCGGCCGAGUACUUCGACAACUACCAGCGGGCGCAGCUGAAGGCCAUCCUGUCGCAGGUGAACCCCAACCUGACGCCGCGGCUCCGCAAGGCCAACACCAAGGAGGUGGGCGUCCAGGUGAACCCGCGGCAGGACGCCUCGGUGCAGUGCUCCCUCGGGCCCCGCACGCUGCUGCGCCGCCGGGCCGGCCCCGCCAGGCUCCGCGAAGCGGAUCCGGAGCAGGAUGCGGAGCAGGAUGCGGAGCGGUACGCGGAGCAGGAGCAGGGCAGCCCCGCCACCACCAGCACCCGCGCCGUGCGCUUCCCCCGCACCAUCGCCGUGUACUCGCCCAUGGCGUCCCGCAGGCUCACCGCCUUCCUCGAGGAGCCCGAGCAGGAGCCCCCGGCCGUCGGGGAGGAGGCGGCCGACAAGCAGCAGCGGGAGGCGGAGGCGGCCGCCGUGCGGGCCAGCUGGGAGAAGCCCCCCGAGGGCGAGGCCAAGGCUGAGGCCGAGCCGCUGGGGCAGCGCCCGGCCGCCGCCCCGGGGCCGGAGGGGAGCCGGGAGAAGGAGGAGAAGGAGCCGGAGGCGCGGGCGGAGCCGCCGGCAGCCGCUCAGAAGCGGGAGGCGGCCCCGGGCAAGACCCGGCUGCGCUUCCAGUUCCUGGAGCAGAAGUACGGCUACUACCACUGCAAGGACUGCAACAUCCGCUGGGAGAGCGCCUACGUCUGGUGCGUGCAGGGCACCAACAAGGUCUAUUUCCGCCAGUUCUGCCGGACCUGCCAGAAGUCCUACAACCCGUACCGCGUAGAGGACAUCACCUGCCAGAGCUGCAAGCAGACGAGGUGCACCUGCCCCGUGAAGCUGCGCCACGUGGACCCCAAGAGGCCCCACCGCCAGGACCUCUGCGGGAGGUGCAAGGGGAAACGCCUCUCCUGCGACAGCACCUUCAGCUUCAAGUACAUUAUCUGAGGGGAUGGGGGUUUGCAUUGGUUUCGGGGCUCUUCUACGAGGCUGCAAGUAGAGCAGAGGUUUUUUGUUGUUGCUGUUAUUGUUUGAAGGUACUUAGCGAGGUGUAGCUGGGAAAGCAUGUGAUUAAAAGUAUUGCAAAGCACUCUCAGGUGAUCAGGUGGGUUUGUGCCCAGCUCAGAGGGUUGCAACUUCCAUAACUUGCAUAAGGAAGCAGCCUACAACUAAUGUUUUGCAUAUUAGUGAUGGUCUUGGCAUCACAGUCUUGAUGGUAGCACCUUGUAGAAUGUCAUAUGGGAAAGGACAUCUGUUACUCCUCCUGCACUUGAAGUUCAACCACUUGAACACCAAAACAACACUUAGAGUAGGCAGUAGAGAAUCACUAGUGAACAAAAUGCUCAGCUGUAUUCACUUACUGGGCAUGCUGGAACUCCAUGUAGCAAGUCUCCUGUACCUGCUGUUCAUCUCUGGCUAAUGAUUGAGAGAAGUGCUCUGUGAAAGCCAGGCUGCUUCUGCUGGCACAGCUGGUUUGUGCCUGGCUUGGGGAUGGUCUUGAGUUGUAGACUAGGGCCAAAAAUGCUUGUGGUGGUCCUGAUGUGUCUUCAGGGACAGCUCUCACAACUCCCCGGGGAAGGGAGUCACUGAUGUUACAGGCUUCUGCUAAAUAGAUCACACUUUACUUCCACUUGGUUAUCAGAUGUGACCCUUCACAGGCUCAAAAGCUUGACACUGCAUCUGCCUGGCUUCCUUUUGUACCUGCAGAUGACACACAAAGGGCUGUGUACUUGGUGGCUUACACUUAGAUCUAGAGAUGGUUUUCCUGUCUCCUGUCAGGAAAGGACCAAACCCCUGCACCCUGCUGGGGCUGGGUUUGGAACUGGGAGUUCAUGGUAUAGUGAAGGCAGAACCAGCAGUGUCCAAAGCCUGUCUUUGCUGUCAAGGGCAGUGGCCUCAGCAGAGAGGCAGCAGCAUUACUGGCUGACUGGCACCACAGAACUGCCACCUGGACAGACUCAUGAAUUGGUAAAAACAUACGCCCUCUGCCUCAUAGCUAAGGAGCUGGGUAAACUGAUGGAACAUGUCAUUUUCUGAGAAUGCUAAUAAAGCUGUUAACUUUGAAAUUAA